CAGUCAGAGCAGUUCAAACGCUGAGACCGGCGCGGGCGGCGGUUUUAAUAAAUUUGUUUUUUUUUUUGCGUCAACUUAGAAUACUCGGACUCGCGAAGACUAGCUGUUCAGUUCAUGUAUAGAUCUGAACCAGUGUGCAUCUAUAUUAUGCUGCGUCAGUUUAUACGCGAGACUUUUAAGUGAAUUGAUUUUUUGUUUAUUUAUUUUUUUACAAUGGCGCAGCAAAACGGUUUUAUCGUGCCCUCGGUUUGUCCCUUCAGUGGUUUAAGUGCGAAAAUUAAUGGAGAUGUGGAGUCGCAAAAGUCUGAGAAACCAGCUCUUCGCAUUAAGAUGCCUCAGCCCAUUGAGCUUGUGAACCAUGACAUUGAAGGAUAUGAGAACUACGACACUCUACAUUCUCAAAUCGACGAGGUUUCCAGUAGCUUCAACACAAGAUGUACAGAGAAAGUAUGUCAAUCGAGUAUAAUGAGUAUCCCCGGCAGAGAAGAGAACGUGCGCACUCCAGAAGAAGUUUAUAAAGAAGCAAAAGUUUUUCUCAGCCAAUACUACGCUUCUAUUCGUAGAGAAGAUUCAGAAGCACACAGAAUAAGAUUAGAAGAAGUAAAGAAAGAAUUGGAUGAAAAAGGAACAUACCAAUUGAAGUCUUCCGAGCUUGUGUUUGGGGCGAAAUUGGCUUGGCGCAAUGCUACCAGAUGCAUCGGAAGAAUACAAUGGAAGAAAUUACAGAUGUUCGACUGCAGGGAAGUAACUACUGCCAGUGGAAUGUUUGAAGCUCUCUGCACUCACAUCAAAUAUGGAACGAAUAAAGGACAGAUAAGGUCAGCAAUAACAAUAUUCCCUCAACGUACAGACGGCAAACACGAUUAUAGGAUAUGGAACCCACAGCUCAUCAGUUACGCUGGGUAUCGCAUGCCCGACGGCUCCAUACUUGGAGAUCCUGGCCGUGUGGAGUUUACUGAUGUAUGUUUGAAGCUAGGAUGGAAUCCAAAAGAGAAGACUGCAUGGGACAUAUUACCGUUGGUGCUGUCAGCUGAUGGAAAAGACCCGGAAUACUUCGAGAUACCCAGAGAAAUAGUUAUGGAAGUGCGUAUGGGUCAUCCUAGAUAUGAUUGGUUCCCAGAUCUUGAUCUCCGCUGGUAUGCGUUACCAGCCGUCUCUGGCAUGAGAAUGGACUGUGGAGGUCUAGAAUUCACUGCUACUGCCUUCAAUGGUUGGUACAUGGGCACUGAGAUUGGCUGCAGAAACUUCUGUGACAGCAACCGGUUUAAUAUCCUUGAGACCAUAGCAACAAAAAUGGGUCUGGAUACAAAUAUGGCAGUAUCCUUGUGGAAGGACAGGGCUCUUGUGGAAGUAAACAUAGCAGUGCUGCACAGCUUUCAUAGAGACAACGUGUCUAUCGUGGACCACCACUCGGCCUCGGAACAGUUCAUGAAACACAUGGAAAAUGAGAGUAGAGCACGGGGAGGCUGUCCAUCUGAUUGGAUCUGGAUAGUCCCACCGAUGUCAUCGUCUCUGACUCCAGUGUUCCAUCAGGAGAUGGCUCUCUAUUACCUUAGACCUUCGUAUGAUUACCAGGAACCUGCUUGGAAGACCCACCAAUGGUCGCGAUCCGAUGGCGUGAAAUCGAAACGCAGAAAGUUCCACUUCAAGCAGAUUGCUCGAGCCGUCAAGUUCACUUCCAAACUGUUUGGCCGAGCCCUCUCUAAGCGCAUCAAGGCAACAAUUUUAUUCGCAUCCGAGACAGGCAAAUCUGAACAGUAUGCCAAGGAACUAGGAGCCCUUUUUGGACACGCUUUCAAUGCACAGGUCCAAUGCAUGUCUAAAUACGAUAUGUUCUCAAUUGAGCACGAAACUCUCCUCAUUAUUGUUGCGUCUACCUUUGGGAACGGAGAACCACCCACAAAUGGAGAAGACUUUGCCAAGCAUCUAGUCGAAAUGUUAAACAAUGAAAAGGAGAGCCAACUUGAUAUAGCGGAAUUAUGUUCCUCGGGUUACAAAACACCAACGAAAUCUCCAAGUCUGUUGAGAACAAACAGUUUCGUGGCAUCCAGUAGGGAUUAUAAUCGCCACCAGCUAGCACGACUGGAGUCAAACAAGAGUAUGACAGGAACAUCAUCAAUUGAACACAUAGCCCCUCUAAGCAACGUACGCUAUGCAGUAUUCGCGCUGGGCUCCAGUGCAUACCCUAAGUUCUGUAACUUUGGUAAAUUCAUUGAUAACAUCAUUGGUAACCUGGGUGGAGAAAGAAUAAUAGAUUUAUGCUGCGGAGAUGAAAUGUACGGACAGGAACAACGUUUCCGUACGUGGUCGUCUGAAAUAUUCCUAGAAUCCUGUAAGACAUUCUGUCUAGAUGAAAGCGACAUGGUAAGGGAGGCACAGAAUGCCCUGGGUAUCAUUCCAGUCACAGAAGAGACGGUACGAUUUGGUAGACCAACAACAGAACUGCCAGUAAUUAAUGCUUUAGAAGCAGGAUUUAGAAAGUCUCUAGUUACAUACGAAGUAAAGGAAAACAAAACAUUGUCUGAACAUAAGGAAACGAAUGCCGAAACUAUAUUUGUUGAUCUACAACCAAAGAGUGAAAUAAAAUACGUCCCUGGUGAUCACAUUGGUGUUAUGCCAGUGAAUAGAAAAGAAAUAGUAGACGCUGUUCUAGAAAGACUGAGAGGAGUUGAAGAUCUUGACAAAAUAGUACAACUCAAAAUCAUGAAGGAAACUCUAACACCCACAGGUACCGUUAAAAACUGGGAGAGAUACGAAAGAUUACCACCGGCAUCCAUUCGCAAUAUCUACACAAGGUUCUUGGACAUCACAACGCCACCAACGACCAAAGUACUCAAGUACUUGGCAGAAUCGUGUACUGACGAGGCGGAAGCCGAACAAAUCAAUGAACUGGUUACGGAUUCAAACAAAUACCACGACUGGAUCAGCUUCCACUAUCCUCAUUUGGCAGAAGUAUUCGCUCAGUUCCCCUCCUGCAGACCACAAGCAGCUCUACUCGCUACGCUGCUGAGUCCCUUACAGCCCAGGUUCUACUCCAUUUCCUCUUCACUCUUGGCACAUCCUCAGAGGGUCCAUAUCACGGUUGCUGUUGUCGUUUACAAGACUCAAAAUGGCGAAGGACCAAUGCACUAUGGUGUUUGCUCAAACUAUCUGAAAAGUCUACAACCCGGAGACGAAAUCAUUGCGUUUAUCAGACAUAAACCAAGUUUCCAAAUGCCAAAAGACAUAUCAGCUCCACUGAUCCUGGUAGGUCCCGGUACAGGAAUCGCACCAUUCAGAGGAUUCUGGCACCAUAGAAGACAUCUCAUCAAAGAGCUGGUGUCUCAUAACCCUGGACCAGUUUGGCUGUUCUUCGGAUGCAGAUACAAGAGCAUGGAAUUGUAUAAAGAAGAGAAGGAAGAAGCAGUGCUUGAUGGCACGCUGCAUAAAGCUCGUUUGGCCCUGUCCAAAGAAGAGGGGGAUCAUAGAAAAUACGUGCAAGCUCUCUUAGAAGAUGAAGGAGCAGAAAUGACCAGACUGUUGGUUGAAGAACAUGGUCACUUCUACGUGUGCGGUGAUUGCAAAAUGGCUGACGAUGUGGAACAAAAACUGGAAGAAAUCAUCCAGAAACAUGGAGACAUGACAAAGGAGGAUGCGAAGGAAUUUAUCGACAGCUUGCGGAAUGAGAAUCGGUACCACGAGGAUAUCUUCGGUAUCACCCUUCGAACUGCUGAAGUGCACAGCGCAUCCAGAGCGACGGCUAAACGAACGCGCUUAGAAUCCUCAACACAAUGAACGCCGUGGUGAUCACCAGUGACCGACGUUAGCGGAGGAUUUGCCUUCAACAGUUUUCUAUUGGCAGUCAAAGACUUAAAAACACAAACGUCAACUAGUUCAUUAGUAGAAUAAUCUUUAGCAGAUGGCAGCAGCGUAGCUUUUAAGCAUGUGAAUUUUGUAUGUUAUUUGAUUUUUUUUUUUAUUUGCAAUUGCAAAAUAAUGAUACUGUUAAAAUAAUCGAAUAUUCUUUAAGUUCUAUAUUUUCGUUAAAUUAUUCUAUAAGUAUUUUUAAGAUUUUUUUUUAGUGAACUAAGUAUGUGAAGACGUUAAAAUUAUAACCUAUUGUCAGAUAAAGUAGAUUAUGUUCGAUGCUUGUUUAUCUCCGUAAAAAUAUAAACCUGACAUUAAAAAUAAUAUAUUUUUACAUUAAAAUUUAAGGUUACGACCUAUAACAUUUGUAUAGUAGUAAUAGUAAUUAGAUUACAAACUAGAUAAGCUAGACUGUUGAAUUAAUUAUAAUAAAUAUUAAUAAGAUAUGUUAGUUUUGUUAACUUCAUUUAUAUGCAUUUAAUAAACGCCGAACAGUUGUAAUAAUAGCAGUUUUAGAUACUUAUUUUUAUACAGUUAUCUUAAUAAUAAAUAUACGUAAUCGAUUGAAUAUACAAUAUAUUAAGCGACAUUAAUUACAUACAUACAACAAGUACAUAUGGCGGGCUGUUUGUGUUAGCUCGUUUAGUACAUAAUGUAUAUUGUAAUCUAUCUCUAAUGUAGAAUAUCUACAAAUCUUAACAUAGUUAUUUUUAAUGAUAACUUUAAAUUGUCUUAUAUUUGAGUUUCUAUCUGUUUUGAUUGCUUUCGGAAAGGAAAGAUGUAUGUCUAUGUUCUAUUGAAAUAAGAAUACAUUGAAUUAUGGAACCUAACACUAUGUACUUACGACGCUUUUUUGUUUAUUCAAUCCAAAAUAAUUAAGACAUAGUAAAAUAAAAGACAUGUAUACGGAUAAUUCGUUAUUAUUUCGAUAAUAAACUCCUCUUAAAAUAAACGUUUAUAAAUAUUUGUUACAGACCAACUAUCAAACAAUUUGUUAUAUUAUUUUGUUAGAGAAUACUACUUUCUAUAUUUAAUUAGUUAAUUAAGAACAAUGCAAUGUAUUGAGUCCAGAAUGUAGCUUUAUAAGUACUUAUAUUGGAAUAAAAAUAAAAAUAUUGGUUUUUAAGAAGUAAUAAAACUACAACUAGAAUUAAAAAA